AUGCACGCUCAAUUCGGUGCUCCCUAUGCCAAUAUGCAAGACGUGAUCAACAUGAAGUUCACAUCCUCCAUCCUCUUGAUCUCGGCCGCCAUUGCCUCCGUCGCCGUUGCCGCUCCCUUGACCGGCCAGGCCUCGGUAGCCGUCAACGCCCCCAACAAUGUCCAUGGUAACGCCGACGCCAACCUUUCCCGCACUUCUCUCACCAAGCGCGCCUGCGGCGACUGCACCCAAAAGGACGGUGCUGCAUUGGAUGUCAUCAUCAAGGCGUCUGCUGACCACUAUGCCGACAUUGCCCAUGCCCGUCUCGACAACUUGAUGCGCGAGAUCGCAACCGCCAAGGUCACCAGCGGAACCGAGGAGCUCCCCAAGGAGAAGGCUUUGCUCACCAUCACCGUCCAGUCCAAGAUUGAUGAUGCCAAGAAGGCCUGUAGCUCUGAGGAGUUGGUCCCCGCGAUCAAGGCUGCGGUCGCUGCAGAUGCCAAUUUGGACGUUGCAUGGUCCAAGCAGGAGGAAAAGGAGCUCGAGAAGAAGAUGGUAGAGUUGGAUGUCAAGAUUACAAAGUUGGUCUUGGAUCGUAUUCAGGCGAAUGUUAAUGCUGAGUUGCUGUCCAAGGACUGCACCGAGAAGAUGACCAACACUGAGAUCGCCCCUGCUCCUGAGACCUCUGCUCCCGUCCCUGAGACUCCUGCUCCCGUCCCCGAGACUCCUGCUCCCGCCCCCGAUACUCCUGCUCCCGUCCCUGAGACUCCUGCACCUACACCUGAGACAUCCGCUCCCGUCCCAGAGACCUCAGCUCCUGUUCCCGAGACGCCAGCCCCUGUCCCUGAAAACACCGAUAACGGAUUGAAGGUUGGAAUCAACGUCGCUGCAAACGUCGACCCCAAGUUCGUCUGCAAGUCAGGAUGCAACGACGCCCAGGACGCCAAGAACGUUCUUAGUCUCCGUGUGAACCUCGAGAACCAGUUCAAGCCCCGUCUGGACCAUUUCUACGCUGAGGAGGUGCCUACUGCCUGUGAGGAGAAGAGGACUACGUUGGUGGAUGGUGUCUUGAACCUGUUGUCUGGUCUUCGGGUUAAUGUCAAGGCUGAUGUCAAUGCCAACAAGAACAAUUAG